AUGGCGCGGGGAGGGGGCGGCCCCGCUGCCGCUCGGGCUCCUGCCGCUGUCUCCUUCCCUGGUCGCUCCUCGGUCCCUCUGAAGAUGUGUGCGCCCAUGGCUGGACCAAGGCAGCCAGAGCUGCACUUCCCAUUUAUCGCUUUGGGAUGGAGAUUUCUUCCCACCAGUUUCAUCUCCUGGAGCAACUCAAUGAGCAACGCAGGCAAGACCUGUUCUGCGACUGCAAUAUCCUGGUUGAGGGGAAGGUUUUCAAAGCACAUCGAAAUGUGCUGUUUGCCAGUAGCGGCUAUUUCAAAAUGCUCCUUUCCCAGAGCUCAAAGGAGACUAGUCAGCCAACAACUGCUACCUUCCAGGCAUUUUCUCCUGACACUUUUACCGUUAUUCUAGAUUUUGUUUAUUCAGGCAAACUCUCUCUCACUGGUCAAAAUGUCAUCGAAGUCAUGUCAGCUGCCAGCUAUCUUCAGAUGACUGAUGUUAUUAGUGUUUGUAAGACAUUCAUUAAGUCAUCAUUGGACAUCAGUGAGAAAGAGAAGGAUCGCUAUUUCAGCCUGUCAGACAAAGAUGUAAAUUCAAAUGGUGUGGAGCGCUCCUGCUUGUAUGGUGCUGGCUGGAGGGCGGAAAGCAGCCCCCCUCAUUCUCACCUAAGUCCAGAGCAAGGGUCUUGUAUGAUGGGUGGAAAUACAUGGAGCAGUUUCACCUACUAUCCAUCUUCUCGAAGUACACAGCAGCAACUGGCCAAACAUGACCAAAGGCAGGAUUCCAUUAAAAAGCCCAGACACCUAGGACUGCAACAGCCUUCUGACAUUCCCCACUAUAAAUCGAGUAAGCUCGAAGACCGAGCUUCAGAGCCUACAAGCCACAUGUCUCCAUCUGAAGAGCAAGUUCAAAUUGAAGCAGAAGUUGAAUCUCCCCAUGUUGGGUACCAGUAUGGUCAAGGAUCUGAUGUGCUGCCAAGGAGUUUAGCUGUGUCGCAGCAAGAGCAUGAAUCGCCCCGUUCUUCUAGCAAGUCAAAGUCUUCAAAAGCAGACGAGCAAUAUGCCAACAUACCCUCAAUUUUAGGUGUAAUGGGAGGCUGGGCUGAUGAUGACCUGCCCAGGAUGAGAUUCAAAUGUCCAUUCUGCACCCAUGUGGUGAAGCGAAAAGCAGACCUAAAGCGGCAUCUUCGUUGCCAUACUGGAGAACGACCUUAUCCAUGUGAGGCAUGUGGAAAAAGAUUUAGCAGACUAGAUCACCUAAGUAGCCAUUUUCGAACAAUUCAUCAGGCGUGCAAGCCAAUCUGCAGAAAGUGUAAACGCCAUGUGACUGAGCUGACAGGACAAGUGGUCCAAGAGGGAACAAGACGUUACAGACUGUGUAAUGAGUGUCUAGCAGAAGCUGGCAUAGACAGCAUCCGCAUUGACUUGGAGGCUGAACCAUCACUAGAAUUUCCACAAGAAGGGGAUAAGGAUUCCAGGUGGCACUAUGGUGAAGACAACAGAUCUGAUGUGGAGAUUGUGGAGGAUGGGUCCACUGACUUGGUCAUUCAACAGGUUGAUGACAGUGAAGAUGAACCAGAAGAAAAGGAAGUCAAGCCAAAUAUUAGAACAGAUACAGCACUACCGAUGGCAUUCAAACUUCCCAGGAACUCUGAAGGAAACACCUUCUGGGAUAAAAUGGUAUUUCAGCCCUCAUUCUAGUUUCUUUCUUUCUCCUCUUUCAAUUACUGGCAGUGGUGGCACAACCAAAUAGCUUGUAUGCCUAGUAAUUAGCAACUGAACUGAUACCAACUAACUGUUUCUGUAUUGAAUAUUUUUAUCUGUAUUUACCUAUACUCAGUUUGAAUUGAUAAGUUUUAAGGAAAAGACCUCAUCACGUUACAUGUUUCCAAAGCUAUUAUGCCACCAAGGAGCCCCUUUUAUUCUCUUUCUAAACUUUCUCAGUUUGCAUUAUGUAUCAGCAUGCACCAAAAACCAUGAACAUCAUUUAGAAUGGAAAGGAUGACUAGAGCCAACAAGAUAGUAGUGUUCCUUUAAGACAAAACAAGCCCCUUGCUGAUAAAGUGCAUUUUUAGUUAACCAGUACAGAAAACGAGAAGCUAGUCCACAUUGCUAGUGUACUUUUAUCUAAUCUGAUCCAAACAGAAAUAACUUUGAGCUAGGUACUUUUAAGAAAAUGGGAUGUGAUUACUAAAGUUUUCAUUCUGCCCUUGUUGAAAUCAGUCAACUUGUUAUUAACUUCAGUGGGUACAAAGUUCAACUGUAUUCCUCCCCACUGGUCUUGUUCAUUUAUUUUUUCCCCGUUAGUACGUUUCAGGAUUUUAUCCCUUGGAACCACAUGCACAAGCAUGCUUGGCUGCAAUCUGUAUUAAUUAAUGCACAUUUCUAGAUAGGUGCCCAUUUAUAGUCCAAAACUGGUAUGCAAAUUCCACUUAUGUAAAUUUGCACAAGUUUUAUUUUGUAUCAGAAUUACCUGAAAGAGUGGCAUUUUCUUUCACAGAUGCCAAUCCCUAGCCACAGCAUCUGUUAAGAAAACCCAAAUGUUACCUUACUGGAGAUCACCUCCUUGGUAAAUAAGCUCACCCUGCUGGCAGGGGCUGAAUACAGUUCAAUAGCAUCAUAGGGUCCACAAUUUUUAAGACUGGCAGCCAGGCUACUGCUGGGACCAAUCUCUUCUGCAGCACCCAGCUCUCUCUGCUCUGUGCUGAGGGCAGCUCUUAUGCUUCCCCCCACCCUUGCAGCCUCCACAUAUCCUAUCAACUCAGUGCUGCUGAUUUUCUUGUCAAUAGCGAUGGGGAGAAGCAAAUUCAGUGGUAAGGGUAAGCAAAGGUUGCCGUAGUGGAGCAAGAGAGUAACCCUUUUUAUAGAGCAGGGACGGCUGGGGCCACUGCCUGCUACAUGCUGUGUAGGGGAUUGCCUGCACAUGGCAGAGGAAUGCGUGGUGCAGGGCAGAGAAUGUGCUCAUGCCAUUUCAUGUUGCAGAUUUCCACUUGCCAUGUGCCAGCUCUGGCCCACAGGCCACAGAUUGCCUAUCCCUCUUUAGGGAGUUCUUCUUCCUCUCCUCUUCGUUUGCCUUAAAACAGUGUUAACUGCCUUUAGAGUAGUGUUUCCCAAUCCUUGGGUCAUGACCUAAAAGUGGAUUGCAAGAAUAUAUGAAAGGGUUGUGAACGAACUUUAAAAAUGGAUUAUCCUUUAAAGGAGAAAAAUGUGGGAAAAUGGUGGCUUUCCCUUGCAGACUGGCAGAGUUCCAGCCUGCAUGGAGCUGCUUGGGGCCCUCUGUGCUCCACACACGCACCCUGUCCCAUGCAUUGGGGAGAUGGGGCCUGGGGUUGGAGGGCAGCAGAUCAGGACAGGCAUUGAUGUUACAAGUGGGUUCCGGUACAAAAAAGGUUGAGAACCACUGCUCUAGUACACAUCUCAUCCAUUUUUCUUUAGAUAGCAGGAUGAGAUAGCCUAAGGUCGGCUCUAAAAGGAGAAGAAAGACAAAGAACCUUUCCAGUCAAUACUUCCUUUUGUUAUUGCCUAUAAGUAUGUUUUACGUCUCUCUUCAUCAGCAGCCCAUACAGCGAGCUUAACUGAACAUCUUGCACAAAAGUCACUUGAAACUUUUUACCUUAACCAAUCCCCCCUAAUGGUUGAGAGAGGGAGGAAGCCCAGCAGAGGCCUUCUGUUGCUGUUAAACACUCAUAACUCACUACGGUUAGAAACAUUCAAAAUGUUCCAUGAACAACCUUAACUAACUUUAAAAUAGAAAAAAGGAACAUAUAUAAAGACGUGCCAAAGGCUUCUACAGAUGGCAAACUACUUGAGGCAUGGUUUGCUGAGACCUAAUUUAGCAUACAUUUUGCUCCCUAUCUGUAAACUAGCAGUUUGCACUCAGCAGUCUGUAGCAGUGCCCAUUGCCACAGAAUACCGUUGGGAGAGAGAGCUUUAGGACUCACAGCGGAUUUUGGGCUACAAUCUAUGGUAGACAUUGCCUACUGUACAGAUAUGUACAGAAUGGGUUUUGGCUUUGAGAGUCUCGAUCAAAUAGAAUAUAGGAACAUAGGACUACAAGGGCCCCCCCCAUGCCAUUGAGUCCAAUGAUAUGAUUAAAAGGACUAUGUUCAAGAGUAUUCAGGACCAGAUGCUUCAGAAAAAGAUGAAACAUUUCUGUAGUGGCCAGUUAUGCAAUAACUUGUUCAGAUAGAGAACAUUUAUUUCUACAUGCAGAAAACUAGUUGCUGGCUGCACCCUCACAGACUAUGGUUUCUAUAGCUUUAUAUGUUUUUAUGUUAGCUUAUGUAAUUAGAUUUUAUUUUAGCUAUUUUAUAUCAUAUUAAGCCUUGGAGCUCUAACUCCUGGCAAUGAGUUCUACAGGUCAAUUAUGUUUUGUAUUUAAAAAACUAUCAAUUUUAUAUUUGUUGCCUCUAUUUUCAUUUGUUGUUUUCAUAUUUUUGUGUUGUAAGACAGCAUAAAUGGAAGUGCCAGAUAAUCAUUUAUUAUUUACAUACUUCUUUAUGUCCAUUCUUUGUU